AUGGCGGACAACGGCGGCGCAGAUCCUGUUAAUAACAACAAUAAUACAACUGUUGCUUUGGAGGGAACUAUUAUCAAGGUCACAGUCAAAACCCCAAAAGAUAAGGAGGAAAUCGCCAUCUCGGAAGAUGCCUCUGUCACUCAGGUUCGUUCAUUUUGUCAAUCCGUACUAGCUGGCCAGUGAGCGGCAACUUGCUGCUAUGCUACAUCAUCAUCAUGACCUGCCCACUUGCCUUGCUUGAUUAGCCUGUGUCUGUAAGCAUGUUGCUAGCUAGCGAACUAACAUUUAAGAAUCGGCCAGUGUAGCGAUAUUUAAAGCUAGCUAUUGACUUGACAAGCUAUUCACAAACGUUGUUAUAUUGCUAGCUAGAUAAUACGGCUCACAACUAUUCCUCCGUAUAACUGUUUAACUGUUUAUGUACCCUCGUUAGCUAGCUAACCGGCUUGCUAGUAAGGUAUUCCAUAAUUACACAGUCAGUAAAUUGUGUCGCGUGACUUCUGUAUGUUAGUCAUGGCAAAAAAAUUAAUCAGCUUCUAUGUAAGUAGCUAACAUUAGUUAGGUAAAUUGUUAACUAGCUAACAUUGGACUAAUUUUGUUAGCUACGUGUUAGCUAGUAUGCUAGUUUCUUAGCUGUUUCUCCAGAACCUUCUUUGCGCUACGUAGGUAAUUAGUCUAGAAACAGUAUUCUUCAUCAGAAUGUAACAGCAUCUCAUUGUUCUGAAUGUCAGGUACUGGACUGUGAAUCUCUUCUCCCAAUGAAUGAUAGCUACACUGGUCCCAUGUUUCACUUUAAUUUGUUUUGGUAUGAAUCUGUCAGCUAAUGCCACUUUUCUUCCUGUCACUCCAGUCCUGAUUGAUACCCUGAACAGCUAAAUAGCCUACAGCUUAUUUUACUCCUGUUUAAUGUGGAUCUCAUAUGUGUAGUAUUCUUGUUGUUAGUUGUAGACUGGGGCCAGGUGUUGAAUCACACAGUGUUGUCUUGUAUUCAGAGAAAUGUGUAGCCUAGCUGUUUCACAGUUGGAAUCAGUUCUUUUGAGUAAAGCUUCUCCCAUUGUGCAAAGCACAACACCAAGAGUGAGUUGGUAUUCGUAAUCAGGUAGUAGGAUUCCUAUAAUAGGUUAAGCAAUGAGGAUUUACCCAGAAACAAGGCUUUAUAAUUAAAAUCAGCUAAUUGUUUGACUACGUCUUUUUCUUAUUUCCUCGAUUUCUCCCUUUCUUUCCUCCCCCCUCUUUCUCUUGCUGUCCAUCCAUGUCUUUCUCUCUUUCUGCUUCCCCCCCCCUCUCAAUUUCAAUUUAAGGGGUUUUAUUGGCAUGGGAAACAUGUUUACAUUGGCAAAGUGAAAUAAACAAUGACCUCUCUCUCUCUCUUUCUCCAGUUUAAAGAGGAGAUCUCACGGAGGUUCAAAGCCAAGCAGGAUCAGUUGGUUCUGAUCUUUGCAGGGAAGAUACUGAAGGACGGGGACUCUCUCAACCAGCACGGAAUAAAGGACGGCCUGACAGUCCAUCUGGUCAUAAAGACAGCACACAAGUAAGAUGAUGCAAAUUCUCAAAGCGGAAUGGACAUUGUGUGUUUCAGGAGGAUAUGUCAGUCUUCUUUGGACAUUUGUUUGGCAGGAAUGGGAAUUGAAAUAGGAAUUUCUUGAUAACAUUUUGAAGAGGUGAAUAAGCUAAAUGUAGUGGAGUUAAGAUUGACUCGGGCCAUAUAUGCUUGCUUACUCCACAGCUUGAAGUGUCUCCACUUGCGUCGCUGAAUAGCUUUCGGUGGCGCAACUGGUUAGUACGUAUUCAAGCGGGCGGUCAUGUGUGUUUCCAAACAAGAGUAACACUUGUUGGAGCCGUGGUACAAACAGGGACAGCGAAGGAAGCUAUACGGUUAGAAGCACAGUGAAGCUCCCACGGGGGGCCAGUAUGAAAAAUGUAUGCACUCACUAACUGUAAGUCGCUCUGGAUAAGAGCGUCUGCUAAAUGACUAAAAUGUAAAAAUGUAAAUGUAAUACAAUAUAUGGUCAGAAUCCAUCUGUGUGUGAGCCGAUGCGUGUGCACAACAACUUGCAUGCAUGUAUCUCAAUGGAAGAUUUGUAGGCAGAUACCAAGUUGAUGUGAAUAUGUAAACAUAACUGAUCCAUGCAUUGUCCCUCCAGGGCAGGAGAUGGCGCUAGUUCCUCCACCUCUUCCUCCGGCACCACCCAGGAGGGCAGCAGUAGUGGCAGCUCCUCUGGCCCCAGUUCUGCAGCCCACCCCUCCACCGUAGGGUCCACUGGAGGCCCUGCCUCGGCACCCCCACAGACCCCCAACAUACUGAGUGAGUUUGCUAGGCUAAAUACACCCACACACAUUUAUCUAUCCACUCCCUCACACACACCCAACAAUUUAUACAGAAAAAGACAACCAUCAUCAUUACCAUCACCGCCUCCUGACCAUACCCCUCUCCCUCCCUCCUAGCCGGGUUCGGUGGCCUGUCCAGCCUGGGCAGCAUGGGCAUGGGCUCAGCUAACUUCAUGGAGCUGCAGCAGCAGAUGCAGAGCCAGCUGAUGUCCAACCCGGAGAUGCUGUCCCAGAUCAUGGAAAACCCCCUGGUGCAGAACAUGAUGUCCAACCCAGACCUGAUGAGGCAGAUGAUCGUGGCCAACCCCCAGAUGCAGCAGCUGAUGGAGCGCAACCCCGAGAUCUCCCACAUGCUCAACAACCCCGAGCUUAUGAGACAGGUAAGGGGGUUUGGCCAGAGUGUACUGUGUCACAGACAGCUUGGGAUUGGCUGGGGUGUACACAGAAGUUGGGCUUAGUAUGUAGCAGGUGCUGUUUUUGCUAUCAUUAUUUUUGAACUGUGGGAAGUCGACUGCUUUGAGUGGCUGAUCUUUAUGUUUAGCUGCAUUCUAAGUUAUAUUAUAUAAAGAGGUCUUAGGGGUGGUUUCUCGAACACAGAUUAAACACCCUACCCCUCUUGAGUCCCUGUACCCCAGAACCCAGUCUAGCUGAUACACUCCUAUCAAUAUUGUCCUGUUUCAUACCAUCACAAAUCCUUAACACCCCUUCCUGUUCCCUUCUCCUCAGACCAUGGAGCUGGCCAGGAACCCUGCCAUGAUGCAGGAAAUGAUGCGUAACCAGGACCGGGCACUUAGUAACCUGGAGAGCAUCCCCGGAGGCUACAAUGCCCUGCGCAGGAUGUACACAGACAUCCAGGAACCCAUGUUCAGUGCCGCGCGAGACCAGGUACCCACUAUGGCACCAACUGAACUUAUUCCUCUUGGUCUUGCUUGUCCCCAUUGUUUAUUUUGUUAGAUGGGGAGUAUGAGGGGGAAUCCUAACUUCCACAUAAGUGAAAUGUUCAUCAAUUGACAUCAAUGCUGACAAAGUAAAAAUGUGGCUUCAGUGGAAAUAAGGAUUCACUCAUUAUUGAGCUUUUUUAGCCUCAGAAAUGAACUCUAAUCUAUCCCAUGGAGAGUGCUUAACAGAAACUGGUAUUCAACAUGUUGAUAAUGACUUAUCUCUCUCCUCUCUCACAGUUUGGAAACAACCCUUUCUCAGCCCUGGGGGGCAACUCUGACGGGGGGGUGCAGCCCUCGAGGACAGAGAACCGGGAGCCCCUGCCCAACCCCUGGGGCUCCACCAACCCCUCUGAGGGUGGAGGGGGCACGGGCACCACAGGCACCUCUACCACCAGCAGCACCACCCCCAGUGUGUCCAACCCUCUUGGUGUCAACUCUGCCAGUCUGGGCAACGGUACGGGAAUACAUAGACAGACUUCCUGUUUAAGAGAAUAGCAUUCAAGAGAUUACUGCAGUUUCAUAUACUGUAAUAUCACAUGGAUGUGAAUUCCUAAAUACAUACAUUGGGGAGAACAAGUAUUUGAUACACUGCUGAUUUUGCAGGUUUUCCUACUUACAAAGCAUGUAGAGUUCUGUAAUUAAAACAUUAAAAAAUCCAGAAAAUCACUGUAUGAAUUUUAAGUAAUUAAUUUUCAUUUUAUUGCAUGACAUAAGUAUUUGAUCACCUACCAACGAGUAAGAAUUCCGGCUCUCACAGACCUGUUAGCCCUCCUGUUCUCCACUCAUUAACUGUAUUAACUGCACCUGUUUGAACUCGUUACCUGUAUAACAGACACCUGUCCACACACUCAAUCAAACAGACUCCAACCUCUCCACAAUGGCCAAGACCAGAGAGCUGUGUAAGGACAUCAGGGAUACAAUUGUAGACCUGCACAAGGCUGGGAUGGGCUACAGGAAAAUAGGCAAGUAGCUUGGUGAGAAGGCAACAACUGUUGGCGCAAUUAUUAGAAAAUGGAAGAAGUUCAAGAUGACGGUCAAUCAACCUCGGUCUGGGGCUCCAUGCAAGAACUCACCUCGUGGGGCAUCAAUGAUCAUGAGGAAGGUGAGGGAUCAGCCCAGAACUACACGGAAGAACCUGGUCAAUGACCUGAAGAGAGCUGGGACCACAGUCUCAAAGAAAACCAUUAGUAACACACUACGCCGUCAUGGAUUAAAAUCCUGCAGCACACGCAAGGUCCCCCUGCUCAAGCCAGUGCAUGUCCAGGCCCGUCUGAAGUUUGCCAAUGACCAUCUGGAUGAUCCAGAGGAGGAAUGGGAGAAGGUCAUGUGGUCUGAUGAGACAAAAAUAGAGCUUUUUGGUCUAAACUCCACUCGCCGUGUUUGGAGGAAGAAGAAGGAUGAGUACAACCCCAAGAACACCAUCCCAACCGUGAAGCAUGGAGGUGGAAACAUAAUUCUUUGGGGAUGCUUUUCUGCAAAGGGGACAGGACGACUGCACCGUAUUGAGGGGAGGAUGGAUGGGGCCAUGUAUCGCGAGAUCUUGGCCAACAACCUCCUUCCCUCAGUAAGAGCAUUGAAGAUGGGUCGUGGCUGGGUCUUCCAGCAUGACAACGACCCGAAACACACAGCCAGGGCAACUAAGGAGUGGCUCCGUAAGAAGCAUCUCAAGGUCCUGGAGUGGCCUAACCAGUCUCCAGAACUGAACCCAAUAGAAAAUCUUUGGAGGGAGCUGAAAGUCCAUAUUGCCCAGCGACAGCCACGAAACCUGAAGGAUCUGGAGAAGGUCUGUAUGGAGGAGUGGGCCAAAAUCCCUGCUGCAGUGUGUGCAAACCUGGUCAAGACCUACAGGAAACGUAUGAUCUCUGUAAUUGCAAACAAAGGUUUCUGUACCAAAUAUUAAGUUCUGCUUUUCUGAUGUAUCAAAUACUUAUGUCAUGCAAUAAAAUGCAAAUGAAUUACUUAAAAAUCGUACAAUGUGAUUUUCUGGAUUUUUGUUUUAGAUUCCGUCUCUUACAGUUGAAGUGUACCUAUGAUAAAAAUUACAGAACUCUACAUGCUUUGUAAGUAGGAAAACCUGCAAAAUCGGCAGUGUAUCAAAUACUUGUUCUCCCCACUGUACAUAUAAAUCAAUGACACCCAUACAUAUAUCAAGCUGGGGAUUGUAAAAGCACACACCUACACCCACACACCAUCAACCUCCCUCCCUCUGUGUGUGUCCCAGGCAUGUUCAGCAGUCCAGGCAUGCAGAGUCUGAUGCAGCAGAUCUCGGAGAACCCCCAGCUGAUGCAGAACAUGCUGUCUGCUCCCUACAUGCGCAGUAUCAUGCAGUCUCUGGCCCAGAACCCAGACAUGGCCUCCCAGGUCUGUAGCAGCAGAGUAGUGGGCCCUGGGGAUUAUCAUGGAUCAUAAAGUCAUUGAUGCGUCUCAAAUGGCACCCUAUUCCCUUUAAGGUGCACUACUUUUGACCAGUAUUAUGCAUUAUAAAGGGAAUAGGGUGCCAUUUGGGACGAGGCCAAUCUGAACCCAUGGGAGGGGUAUCUAUAGGAAUCAGUGGGAAUGGGUUGUUUUGUAAUUAAUUGUAAUGAGGACAAUAAAGCAGAUCUGGGCUGUAUUCACAAAGCGUAGGAUUGAUGAUCUAUGAUCAGUGAUGAGCAACGGGCGUCCCGUGGGCUCCCCACCUUUUGUAGGCCCGCGGAUCAAUCCCCCACCGAACUCAGUCAGGGUCUCAACUUACUGUUGAGCGUUAGAAUGGUAGAAUACACAAAGUGCAAUAUUAUUGAAAUUUGGUUGUGCAUCAGCAGUUUUUCCUCUUGUGAUGUCAGACACUGACAGUCACUCAAUUAGCCCAUGUCAGCUAACAUUUUUUAGAUUGAUAAAUGAGUCUAGCCAGCUAUCUAAACUUGUAGUCAUGGUCAAAUUACCGGCCAGGGGGCCCCCAUUGAUUUUGUUAGUCAGUCUCACACUGAUAUAAUUUCUCUCCACCCUAUGGCAACAUUAGUAGAAUUGCAGGAAAUUAGCUGUAAAACGGCAAAUUUUUCUCUGCCCCAUGGCAAAAUGAGUGGAAUUACAGGAAAUGUGUAAUAAAAUUGCUAAAUCUUCUCUCCGCCCCACGGCAAAAUGUGUAGAAUUGCAGGAAAUGUUUUAUCUCCGCUGUCAAGAGGGGGGAGGGGGCAACAAAAUGUAACUUAUGGCCCUCAAAAGGUUAUGGCUUCAUGUGUGGGUACGCAGACCCGCGAGCCACUGUGGCCCCUCAUGAUGAGUUCAGAUUUUGUGGCCCCCACCCACAUCAAAAUUGCCCAUCCCUGUUCAAGACCAUAAUGAGUAAGAUAACACGGACAGGGGCUGGGAUGAUCCUAAAUCAGCAGUCCUGCUCAGAGCCAAGUUGGACUCCUUGGCAGCUGGACGGAACAGAUCCAGCUGGCAGUGCUUUACCUCUAGGUAUCUAGAACAGAUCCAGCUGGCAGUGCUUUACCUCUAGGUAUCUAGAACAGAUCCAGCUGGCAGUGCUUUACCUCUAGGUAUCUCCAUGUAGAUAGACAGAUGUGAGGAAGAGGGUGAACACUGGGAAAGCAGCAGGCUGCAGCUGGUGAACGACAGGACCCUGACCUUGUCUGUCUUUCUCCAUUUCUCUUUCUCUCUCCUGUCUUUCUCCAUUUCUCUUUCUUUCUCUCGCCCCCCCCACGCUCUCUCUGUCUCUCUCGCUUUCUGUCUUUGUCACCUUCUGUUUCUCCUCCAGGUGUUGAUGAAUAACCCCCUGUUUGCUGGAAACCCCCAGCUACAGGAACAGUUCAGGAGCCAGCUGCCCGUCUUCCUGCAGCAGGUACACACACACAGCCGCAUUUAUCUCAAACUGAGAGAGAGUUGAACCUGUCCCAAGGACCUGAUUGGAUUGAUUGAGACUGGAUGGACCCUAAACAGAUGAUUUGGGGAUUGUUUCAGAAUGUUAAUUGAUUAAUUGUUAGUUUGAAUGUGACUGAUGUUGUUUAGAUGCAGAACCCAGAGGCUCUUUCUGUGAUGACCAACCCCCGGGCCAUGCAGGCUCUCCUCCAGAUACAACAGGGCCUACAGACACUGCAGACAGAGGCACCGGGACUGAUGCCCAGGUACACACUGACUCGUGCACACACACACACACCAGUGUUUUCCACAAGUACAUAGAGUAGCCAGCCAAAUAGAAAAAGUACCCAGCCAGUCGCCCCUGGCCAGCCAGUCACCCCCAGCUCCUUUUUUGCCCAAGUAGCUCUAUUUUGGUGGUCUCUGGUACAUUCUAAUGUCUUGAUUCCAUCUGAAAUACACAGCUAAAUUAUUGAAUACUUUAUUGAGUUUACCUCCCAGAUUGGAAAAAUAAGUUGUGGUAUUGUGUAGAAAGACAUGACUUUACAAUUUAAAUGAUGAAAAUGUAUGAAUUCAAUGUGUUGUUGUCUAGGUUUAGAUAUAUAUGAUCAGGACUAUUUUCUAAGUAAGAGAGCAUUAAACCUUUUUUAACAUUUAACCUGUCUUCUCUUGAGAUUAAAGUCUUAUUUACAGUUUUACUGCAAGAUAUGAAUUGCCACAAUGAUGUUUGUUCUUCAAAUUAUGUAUUUUAUUAAAACAGAACUGAAGUAAAUAGCCCACAUUGUCUUUAAAAAUUAUUAAACGUUUAGUGUUUCCAGGUUUUCGCUCUCAAAAUCACACUUUUUAAAUAGAAAAACACGCAAAAUUGGAUGUUGUAAAUCCACAACCAUGCACAUACACAGACGGGGGGUUCUCGUUGCCUCUUCAGGAAAGUUGCAGGAAAUACGAAUCACUGAUCCAUUAUGUUCGUGUCUUAUGAUAAACUUGCCCAAAUGAAUUAAUUUUCAAUAUAUUUGUUUGAUUCCCUACUAAAGGUCAACACAUUUUUUUAUUUUGUUGAAUUCCGUUUUAAUACCUGGAUUCCGUUAGGGGCCGAAACCUAGGAAAUCCUUUGGUGUACUUGUCCCGAUGCGACACAAUGGACAUAUAACCACGUUGCAUGGUUUAUGACUGGCAAAGGGAUAUAGGAGAUCGACUUUAUUCAGCCAGUUCGACACCUUUUAUAAACUAGUCAACACUUGCUGUUCAGUUGUCAAUCAACGCUACUAUGCACCACGACUCCACUCGGCUGGCUACGUGAAACACGUGAAAUCAAAUAAAUGAAUAUGUCAGAAAUCAAUAAUUAGGCUAAGUCGUGGAUUUUGACUCAUCGUUACCACUUACAUACAUGGGACUUGCAAAUUCACGAGCGCCAUGCACUCUCCCUCCGUGUACAUACAUUUGACUGCAACCAGAGAUCUGUAUAUAAUGACGAGAUGCUCAUGUCUCCGCCCUAACAAUUGGAGUCAUCCCAAAAGCAGGAAGGCAGGCGACAAGCUUAGGUCCAAAAUAAACCCAUAGAAACGCAUUGGGCUUAUUUUGGCUGGAGUGAAACCUCUCGCUUAGCCUCUUCCUCUAUGCUGUGUUCCCCUGUCAUCAGUCCCUUAGUGACUGACAGGCACCUAUCCUAUCAAUAGAUUGCUAGAAGAUGCAUAUUGUUCAUUCUAGCGGGAGAUGGCUCGACGAACUAGCGAAUUGAAACUUUUAAAUGAAAAGUAGCCAACUUCAUAUGAAGUGGAAAAUGUAGCCAGCUGAAAAUGAGUCUGUAACCGGCUGAUUGGCCGACAGCCGGCGCUAAUGGAAAACAAUGACACACACACCCCAACCACAAGACCUAGAAAAAAAGUGUUGAAAUUAGUUGUUUGAGUUGUAGAUACCCUGUUACGCAAUCUCCCCCUAACUCCUUUGUCUCUCUCAGUUUGGCACCAGGUGGGCUGCCAGGUGGUCUCCCUGGAGGUCUACCAGGGGGACUAGUAGGCGGAUUACCAGGUGGAAUACCCACAACUCCCCUGUCCACGGGAGGGGGUGUGCCUCCAGAGAACCCCGCCUCUUCGCCGAGUGCCGGGGAAAACCCCGCCCAGCAACUGAUGAUGCAGCAGAUGCUCCAAAUGUUUGCAGGAGGGAAUUCCUCGGUACAUACCACACACAUACACAUACCUGUCUUCCCUAGUUCUGUUUUACUGUUUGAUUGUACUGGUCGAUUGAUUGAUUGAUUGAUUGAUGGUUGGUUGACUGAUUGAUUGAGUGACUGACUGACUGAUUGUGACUGGUCCCCCUACAGAGCCAGAGCCCGGAGGUGCAGUUCCAGCAGCAGCUGGAGCAGCUGAGCGCUAUGGGCUUCAUCAACCGAGAGGCCAACCUGCAGGCUCUCAUCGCUACCGGAGGAGAUGUCAACGCUGCCAUCGAGAGACUGCUGGGCUCACAGCCCUCAUAAAGACACACUCACUCACGAUGCAUACAUCGAUACAGACACAUGCAUACAUACCCACUAUCCACCUCCGCAGCAAGGGGAAAACGCACAUGCAAAUACAUUGUCUGCAGAGAACCAAGAGAAAUGAAAUAAACCAUCCCAAACCAACACAGACGAGACCCGGUCAGGAUAUGUACCAUUCUAAACGUCCACUGCAACCUCCUGUCAGAUCAUUCCCUAACCAUGGCUCCCCUAUCCCCCGGUUUUAGCCACAUCCAUAGAGCUUUGCUCAGCAAGACCAGACUGACCAGACCAGACCAUUUCCUCAACAGAGGGGUGCCCGGUGAAGGGAGGAGGGUGAGCGAGAAGGCACAGAUGUGCCUCCCUCUAAACCCUCUCCUAAACAGAAAUGCUUUACCCUACCAGAUUCACUAAUCCCUCUUCCGCUUUAAUAAAGCUGAAGGGUUUAUUCAAUGGGGUGGAGUGUUUGUAGUGCGGCAGAUAGAAAUGCCUUGCAUAGAGCUUUUUAUGACGCUUCUUAGCACAUUCCAGGGAUUUGGUUCCUGUCUAUAUGUUGCAUUUCU